AUGCCUGCUGUGCUCCUCCUUGCGAAGAUCAAUGCCUAUGAAGUCGGGCUGAGCAGCAUGAGACAGACGUCUUAUGGCAUUGUUGUCCUGUUCUGUAGAGCCGACUUCGGAAGGUCAGACCCUCCGCGGUUACUUCUCUCACCUCUGUUGCCGAACAUUCACCCGACCUCCAAAGCGUUGCAUCAUGGGCGUACUCAAAAGUGCCCCCAAAUCCAUAUCGAAUCUGUACAGAUUACUGCAAAACUAGACGACUGCGUGACAAUGAAAGGCCCAGGAUAUCUCGCCGUAGCCAUCCAACCAGGCGCCCAAACCGAGGAGAAAGCAUUUCACGAAUGGUACAACACCGAACAUGGACCGCUUCGACUGCGUCUGCCUUUCAUCCUGAACGGCAACAGAUACAAGGCAGACGACGGCGAGCGACCAGAGUGGAGCGCGGUUUACGAUGUAUCCGAUCUCUCCCACUUGGACACCCGCAUCUACACACGUCUGCGCGAAGAACGCUCACAGCGUGAAAAGGCUGUGAUGAGCACGUUCGAAUCGCUGGAUAGGAAAAUCUACAGCCUAGUCUCCGAACGUGGAAGCAAUCCUCGCCCUGCUCCUCACACCAUCGCGGUCACUAUCCGCGUCAAGGAAGCUGACUUGGAGGAUCUCCACAACUGGUACGAGCAGGAGCACACCGACAUGCUGUCCAAAGUUCCCGGCUGGCUUCGCACCAGGAGGUUCAAGUUGGAGGUCGGCGGACUCAGGGGCAUGCCGCCACAGGGAGAGUUUGAAUACUUGGCUGUUCAUGACUACAAAGCGCAGAACGGCCUAGGCGGACCGGAGCAUGAAGCGGCCAAAACCACGCCUUGGACCAAUGAGAUCCGAAAGAAGGUGGAAAUGAGUCGCCGAGAAUGGAAGCAUCAUCUCACCUUCAACACCCUAGAGGAACCUCCUUCAUCUGUGAUGACAACAGAUGGCGCGGAGCUGCACUACCAGCUGGAAGGCAAGCCGCAGGAUCCGGUGAUUGUGUUUGUGAACUCGAUUUUGACGACGCUCCACAUCUGGGACGAUGUUGCAAAGUCGCUGAUGAGCACCGGCAUCAACGGACAGACCUACCGUGUGCUCAGGUACAACUCCCGAGGCUACGCGCAGCAGGAUCCCAAGAGCAACCCAACACGUUUCGACAUGUUAGCAGAUGAUCUCGAAUACUUGCUGCAGAGGCUGAACAUCGAGAAGGCGCAUGCCGUUAUUGGCGUGAGCAUGGGCGGCGUGACGAGUCUCAACUUCGCGAUCAGGCAUCCGGACAUGCUUGAGAAAUUCGUCGCAUGCGACUGCAACGUCGCUUCCAGUCCAGCCAACAACACUGCUUGGGACGAGCGCAUACAGCUGGCAAAGUCGGAAGGGAUGCCAAAGCUUGCGGACGUGACUGUGAAGAGGUGGUUCACCGAGCCGAACCACAACUCUACCAAUGCGAAGAAGACCUUCGACAUGGUGGCGAACGCAAGUCUGGAAGGCUUUUCUCAGAAUGCCGGUGCUUUGUGCAAUUACGAUCUGAAGGACAGCCUGUCGAGUAUCAAAGCACCCGGACUUUUGAUCGCUGGCGAGGGCGACGGAAAAUUGCCCGAGGUCAUGCAGAAAUUCGGCAUCCCGCAAACCAAUUUCAGAUCGAUUCCUGGCGCGGGGCAUCUGCCGAUGCUGGAGAAUCAUGAGGCGUUCACGAAAGCUCUGCAAGAUUUCUUGUGA